AUGUCGUGGAUUGAGGAAAGUGAAAAUCUAUCUGAUGCUGAAGAAAGAUGUGAGGGGCUUAUCAAAAGCAAAAUCCAGCUUGAGGCUAAAGUUAAAGAGAUUACUGAGAGACUGGAAGACGAGGAGGAAAUGAAUGCUGAGCUGACUGCCAAGAAGAGGAAACUGGAAGACGAGUGCAGUGAGCUCAAGAAGGACAUUGAUGACCUGGAGCUUACGUUGGCCAAAGUGGAGAAGGAGAAGCAUGCCACAGAAAAUAAGGUUAAAAAUCUUACUGAGGAAAUGGCUGCUCAGGAUGAAAGCAUUGCAAAAUUAACCAAGGAAAAGAAAGCCCUCCAAGAGGCACACCAACAGACCCUUGAUGACCUGCAAGCAGAGGAGGACAAAGUCAACACUCUGACCAAAGCAAAGUCUAAACUGGAACAACAAGUGGACGAUCUUGAAGGUUCAUUGGAGCAAGAAAAGAAACUCCGUAUGGACCUUGAGAGAGCCAAGAGAAAGCUUGAGGGAGAUCUGAAACUAGCCCAGGAAUCCAUAAUGGAUCUGGAGAACGACAAGCAGCAAUCAGAUGAGAAGAUAAAAAAGAAGGACUUUGAAACAAGUCAACUGCUGAGCAAAAUUGAAGAUGAACAAGCUUUGGGUGCUCAACUUCAAAAGAAGAUUAAGGAGCUUCAGGCCCGCAUUGAAGAACUUGAAGAAGAAAUCGAGGCCGAACGAGCGUCUCGGGCAAAGAUUGAAAAGCAAAGAGCUGAUCUUUCCAGGGAACUUGAAGAGAUCAGUGAAAGGCUUGAGGAAGCCGGCGGUGCAACUUCAGCUCAGAUUGAAAUGAACAAGAAACGUGAAGCUGAGUUUCAGAAGCUCAGGCGUGAUCUAGAGGAGUCCACUCUGCAGCAUGAAGCUACUGCCGCUGCUCUUCGCAAAAAGCAAGCCGACAGCGUGGCUGAACUGGGAGAACAGAUCGACAACCUCCAGCGUGUGAAACAGAAGCUCGAGAAGGAAAAGAGUGAAUAUAAAAUGGAACUUGAUGAUCUCUCCAGCAACAUGGAAUCUGUAGCCAAAACCAAGGCAAACCUGGAAAAGAUGUGUCGUUCUCUGGAGGACCAAUAUAGUGAUAUGAAAACGAAGAACGAUGAGAAUAUCCGUCAGAUCAAUGACAUCAGUACUCAAAGAGCCCGUCUCCUGACAGAGAAUGGUGAAUUCGCUCGCCAACUGGAUGAGAAAGAAUCUUUAAUUUCUCAGCUCACAAGAGGAAAGCAGGCUUUCAUGCAGCAAAUUGAGGAGCUCAAGAGGCAAUUGGAAGAAGAAACAAAAGCCAAGACUGCCCUGGCUCAUAGUGUGCAGUCUGCCCGCCAUGACUGUGACCUGCUUCGUGAGCAAUAUGAGGAGGAGCAGGAAGCCAAGGCUGAGCUGCAGCGUGCAAUGUCCAAGGCUAACAGUGAGGUGGCUCAGUGGAGAUCAAAAUACGAAACUGAUGCUAUCCAGCGCACUGAGGAGCUUGAAGAAGCAAAGAAAAAACUUGCACAACGCCUUCAAGAUGCUGAGGAACACAUUGAGGCUGUGAACUCAAAGUGUGCCUCUCUGGAAAAAACUAAACUGAGACUCCAGGGCGAAGUUGAAGAUCUCAUGGUUGAUGUAGAAAGAGCAAAUGCACAAGCAGCAGCUCUUGACAAGAAGCAGAGAAACUUUGACAAGGUUCUAGCUGAUUGGAAGCAGAAAUUUGAAGAAGGCCAGGCAGAGCUGGAGGCUGCACUGAAAGAGACUCGCUCUCUCAGCACUGAGCUCUUCAAAAUGAAGAACUCCUAUGAAGAAGCUUUAGACCAGCUUGAAACCCUUAAACGGGAGAACAAGAAUUUACAGCAGGAGAUCUCUGAUCUGACUGAACAGAUUGGUGAGGGUGGGAAGGUUAUUCAUGAGCUGGAAAAGGCAAAGAAGCAGAUUGAAACUGAAAAGUCAGAAAUCCAAACCGCCUUGGAGGAGGCAGAGGCCUCGUUGGAGCAUGAGGAGUCAAAGAUUCUUCGCGUCCAGCUUGAGCUGAACCAGGUGAAGUCUGAGAUUGACAGAAAGAUCGCCGAGAAAGACGAGGAGCUGGAACAGCUGAAGAGAAACAGUCAGAGAGUGAUAGACCACAUGCAGAGCACUCUCGACUCUGAAAUUAGGAGCCGCAAUGAUGCCCUGAGAUUGAAGAAGAAGAUGGAGGGAGAUCUGAAUGAAAUGGAAAUUCAGCUCAGUCACUCCAACCGCCAAGCAGCUGAAGCUCAGAAACAACUGAGGAACGUCCAAGGACAACUCAAGGAUGCCCAACUGCACCUUGACGAUGCUCUCCGAGGACAGGAAGACAUGAAGGAACAGCUCGCCAUGGUGGAACGCAGGAACACCCUGAUGCAGGCUGAAAUUGAAGAGAUGAGGGCUGCCCUGGAACAGACAGAGAGAAGCCGCAAAGUGGCUGAACAGGAGCUCCUUGACGCCAGCGAGCGUGUGCAGCUGCUGCACUCCCAGAAUACCAGUCUUAUCAACACCAAGAAGAAGCUUGAGAAUGACAUUUCCCAGCUGCAAGGUGAGGUAGAGGAUGCCGUCCAGGAAGCAAGAAACGCAGAAGAAAAAGCCAAGAAAUCUAUUACCGAUGCUGCCAUGAUGGCAGAGGAGCUCAAGAAGGAACAGGACACCAGCUCUCACCUGGAGAGGAUGAAGAAGAACAUGGAACAGACAGUGAAGGACCUGACCCACCGUCUGGAUGAGGCUGAGCAGCUGGCCAUGAAGGGUGGAAAGAAACAGCUCCAGAAACUGGAGGCCAGGGUGCGCGAGCUGGAAACUGAGCUUGAAGCUGAGCAAAAACGUAGUGCUGAGUCAAUUAAAGGAGUCCGGAAAUAUGAAAGAAGAGCCAAGGAGCUCACCUACCAGUCUGAAGAAGACAGGAAGAACAUCGCCAGACUCCAGGAUCUGGUUGAUAAGCUGCAGCUGAAAGUGAAGGCUUACAAGAGACAGGCUGAGGAAGCUGAGGAACAAGUCAACACCCACCUGUCUAGAUUCAGGAAGGUGCAGCACGAGCUUGAGGAGAGUGAGGAGCGUGCUGAUAUCGCUGAAUCCCAGGUCAACAAGCUCAGGACUAAGAGCCGCGAGCUGGGAAAGGCUAAAGAAGCAGAAGAGUAGAAGAGCAGCAGAAGAGUCAAGCUGAAGAGUAGAUAAGAGAUUCAUACAAUAUGAAUUUCAUUGUGAAGCAGUUCCUGUAAUAGCGCUGGUAGUUCUGAAAAUAAAAAUAGUUUGCAAGCAUUUUC